AUGGGUAUCUUCCAAAAGACAAUCGCUGCGACCGGCUGGACGACAUUGGGAGCUGCUGCUGGUUAUGUGGCCUGGACGCGCAAGAGCAAAAUCGUGGAUGUACCGCCAACAGACUACCUCUUCAACCACACCUUAUAUGCUCGCUACAACCCAAACAAUGCGCCCGUAACACAGGAUCUCUGCGUGAGAAAAGUGCCACUGGACAAGAUCCGCCCGGAGCUUUUGGAGCACGAGGGCAAGCUGGUCGAGGCGUUCAGUGCUGGCCUUUGGAGCGGAUUGGGCUACGCAUACCAAAGACGCUACCUUGAAAAGAAGUACCGCGCCGACGAAGUCACCCGCGACCACCUCUGGGACCAACAAGACCUCAAAUCCAGCACCUACGACGUCGGCACCAAGAUCACAGACCACUUCGAGGUCGUCUCGAAAACGCCCACAUCCAUCAUCGUGCGCUGCGGAGACUCACCUCGGAUACAGGACGUAAGAGCUUCGGAUGGGCUGUUUGAGAUGCAGGCGGAGAUUAAGAAAGAUGAAGGUGUGGCGGAGUUUGGGUUGAAGAGUAUUUUCUACAAUGGCCUCGCGCAACCUGAUAAAGAAGGCAAGCCUCCUGCGGCGCCCAUGUCGACGUGGAUCCAGUGGUUGCAUCAGCAGUAUGAUAAGGUGUUGAUGGAGACGGCCAUUACGAAUUGUACGAAGUAG